AUGAAUUUGUUUACUUUCAUUUCUUGUUGUUCUUUUGCUUUUCUUUCAUUUUCUAUUUGUCUCUCUCUCUCUUUCUCAUUCUCUCAUUUUUCUCUCUCUCUCUUUCUCAUUCUCUCUCUCUUUAUCUCUCUCUCUCUCUUUCUCAUUAUCUCUCUCUUUAUCUCUCUCUUUCUCAUUCUCUGUCUCUUUAUCCCUCUCUUUUUCUCAUUCUCUCUCUUUAUCUCUAUCUCUCUCUCUUUAUAUCUCUCUCUCUCUGAUUCUCUCUCUCUUUAUCUCUCUCUCUUUCUCAUUCUCUCUCUAUUGAUCUCUCUCUUUCUCAUUCUCUCUCGCUAUCUCUUUCUCUUUCUCAGUAUGUCUCUCUUUUUCUCUCUCUUUCUCAUUCUCUCUCUUUAUCCCUCUCUCUUUCUCAUUCUCUCUCUCUUUAUCCCUCUCUCUUUCUCAUUCUCUAUCUCUUUAUCUCUCUCUUUCUCAUUCUCUCUCUUUCUCAUUCUCUCCCUCUCAUUCUCUCUCUUUAUCUCUCUCUUUCUCAUUAUCUCUCUCUUUAUCUCUCUCUCUUUCUCAUUCUCAUUCUCUCUCUCAUUCCCAAUAUCACUGAUCCUUUUAUUUUAUGAUUUCAUUUUUGUAUUUAUGACAAUUCAUUCAUCUUUCAUUAUCUUCCAUUCCCCGGUCCUUAUUUCUCUCUCUUUCUUUCUCAUUUUCACCCCCUCUUUUUUCUUUUCGUCUCUCCUUUUCGCUCUUCCUUUCUGCCUCCCUCUCUCUCUCAUUUUCAGUACGUCUAUUUCUUCGCUUCUUCUACUUCUUCAUCUCUCUUUCUCUCUCAUUUUCCUGUCUCUUUCUAUUUCUUUUCGAAAUUUCUUCUUCUUUUUUUUUUAUUUAUUUUUCUCUUCCCUACCCUGUGCUUCAUUUCCGCAAUAUUUGUCUGUACCACCACAAAGAACGUCGAAAGCUACAAAAUACGAAACAGAUUACGUCUCUCUUAAUCUGACUCUCUCUCUCUCACUCACUCACUCACUCACUCACUCUCUCGCUCUCCCUCCCUACCUCUCUUUCUCUCUGUCUCUGUCUCUGUCUCUGUCUCUCUCUCUCUCUCUCUCUUUCCGCUUCUUUCUUUCUUUUUUUCUUUCAUUUUCUCACUGA